AUGACCCGAGGAUCUUUUUGGUCAAUCUUCCUCUUCUUGGUGUUCUUUCGGGCGAUCACCCUCCAAGGUCGACCGGUGCGCACCGGGGAAGCCAAGGAGGGGCCAUCUCACCAUCUCCGGGGGUUCCAACAGGACCCUUUGACUGGUGACGACGUCUGGCUUUCGGCUCUGAGGAAUCUUCCCAUUAGAGGUGACAACGAAGAAGGGACUGGCCGCUACCCGCUUGCGUUCUCUCAUCUUGACCAUAUUUUUCACGGAGAAGAAGCAACUCAGAACGAAGAAGAUCAAAACGGGCUAUCGGAUGCAACUCUUUCGCCGGCAUACAGCGCAAGCGCUAGCAAAGACGCUUCUGAGCAUCACUUGGGAGGACGGGGUCAGAAAUUGCCCGCGCGCGGAGAAACUGAUAUGCAGUCUCCUCCUCCCUUGACAGACGAGCAGGUACUUAUUCUUACGCCUUCCAAUAAGCUCAAUUUGGCGCAACGCGAAGCAAAAAAGAAGUUGAUUGAGAAACUUAAUCAAGGUCUCGAUCUGCAACCGCCGGCUCCUCACACCAAGCGACCGCCUGAAAGCUACACAAAAGCAGCCCAGGCAGGUGAGACUCUUUUCCACGGAACCCACGAUGGUUACCAUUACAUUGUCGGCCCGUCGGGAACAUACAGGGCGUGUCCUGCCCACAAGUGGCAUGAAUCCGAGGGUGCGGUCACGAGACGUAUCAAGGAGAUGGGUAAUCUUAGCCCAGAUAAAAAGCUUGAUAAGCUCCAUUCCGUCUGUGUGACUAGGAAACGGAUGCGCGACUUGGAAGACACCAAACGGCAGGCAGUGAAGCCUGGAGGCUCUGAAAAGCAAACAACCCACACGUUGGAAUCCAGCGAAAUGGACCAAAACGGGGCAAUUGAGCAUUGGAACAAUUCGUCUACCCAAACAUAUCUGAACAGACUCCACGAGCUCAAGAUGACUAUUCUUGAGGACUUCAAGCUCACAAACACGGAACGAGAGACGCUGUCAGCGCCCGAACUGCAGUUAUUCAACUGCAAACCUCGCGAGCUGAACAGGUCACAGGCUAAAGACCUGACCAAUUUGGUCUUGAAAUUCAGUGAACAGCGCAAAAAGGAGACCUUGUCAUUAUCACUGGUGAGCCAAAGGAUAGCCAGCACUUUCAACUCAUUGUGUGCACUUCUGACAAACGCGGAGCCUAGUCGAAACUGUCCACUCACAGCCUCGUUCAAAAUGUUGCUCGCGGAGGUGGAGCUUCCGACCCUGAUCAUGGCCGAUUUCACAUUGCGGCAGGGGAAGGAGAUCCGGUAG